CCCGCUGCUGGCGGCUGCCCCGGGGCUUCUGGCCACUUCGGUCCCCGCCGGCGGCUGCGGGCGUGCUGCUCGCCUGUCCCCUCGGGGAGGGCGGCACGGCCAUCGGAGCUCCCGUGGCACGGCGUGACCCCGGGCAGGCUGGCUGUCUUCUCACCACCCCCCCGCGCCACCGGCAACAGAGUAGAGGUGCCAGCACUUGUGGAUUCCUCGUCCGCCGCUUGAAGUCGUAACUCUCUCAAAUAAACAUUGAGGCACGGGGGGCACGAAUCCAUGAGCGGAUGAGGGUUGUCCUAGAGAGAAGCCGGCCGCUUGUGCCGUAACGCCUCGAGCGGUAGCGCCCGCCGCUGGGGCGGUAAGGGGAGGGGGAGAAAUUUCCUGCCACCGAGUCUGAAAUCAGAGCUGUUCCCGUGAACGCGAGUUGUGCGACCUUAAUGUUUCAUCCUGUUGGACACUGGCUCACUGUGUUUCGUUCUGUGGGUUCUGACAUGGAGAGUUAACAUAGUUUCAUGGAAAAGUCUUCUCACUUCCAGUGCGUAUUCAGGUCAUACGCGUUACUGACUUCGUUCACGCUUAAUUCUGCAGUGCAAGUGCAGCAGUAGACAGAGAGGUAGUACAAGCAAACUGUGUCCGCUGGAAGAAAAAGUUCUUAUUUAUGUGCAAAAUCAGUGCCAGUGCCACAACGGGGAUUCUGGAUACUUGUGUUUGCAGGGUGUCUGUACGGAAGGAGCUAAAAGGAGGAAAGGCAUAUGCAAAGCUGGGAUUUGCAGAUCUAAAUCUAGCAGAGUUUGCUGGAUCGGGAAAUACCACUCGACGCUGUUUACUGGAAGGUUAUGAUACCAAAAAUACAAGACAGGAUAACUCUAUUCUCAAAGUUUUGAUCAACAUGCAGCUAAUGUCUGGGGACCCAUGCUUUAAAAUGCCUCCUUCCACAGCAAUGUCUAUAGCAAUUGCUGGAGAAUCAGAAUCAUUGCAUGAAGACAGGAAAGGCGGAGAAAACUUAAAAGUAGUACAUCUGGGCAUAGCAGAUGUCUCAUCAAAGAGUGCCUCAGUCCCAGAUGAACUUGGUGCAUGUGGACAUUCCAGAACAUCAAGCUAUGCAAGUCAGCAGUCGAAAUUGUCAGGAUAUAGCACAUGUCACUCUAGAUCAUCCAGUCUGUCUGAACUCUGCCACAGGAGAAACACUUCGGUGGGUAGUACCUCAACAGGAAUUGGAAGUAUUCUAGAGCCAUGUGAAGAGACUGAGACAAAAGUAACUGAAGCUAAUACUGAUACAUCUGUUAAAGUUGCACCAUCAGAAAAACUUGGCAGGCAUCCUGUAAAGCAAGACUCUGUGGAGUCACAGCUGAAAAGAGUUGAUGCUACCAGAGUUGAUGCUGAUGAUAUAGUUGAAAAAAUACUCCAGAGUCAAGACUUCACUUUAGACUCAAGUGCAGAAGAAGAAGGUUUAAGAUUAUUUGUGGGCCCGGGCGGAAGCACUUCUUUUGGAAGCCAUCAUUCAUCUAACAGAGCAGGAUCUGGAGCAUAUGAGCAGGUGGUGAUAAAACGCUAGACUAGAAUGACAAACAAAAACUUGGAGCUCUGGCAUUGAUACUUCUGUUUUUGUUUGCUCUGUUACAAGAGCUGUGAAAGCCAAAAUGAACUCAAUGGGAACUUUUUUUUGAAAAGUAAUGGAAUGCCUCUUGCUCAGAGCUUCAUCUUCUGUGGUAUGAAGGCAAUGUUUAGCUAUGUAUACCUUGUGUGAGCAUUUGAACUGUUUUUGUAAGCUCUAUCUGAUGUUAGUGGAAUUAUUUGCUUUUCAAGUUGUGUGAAACAUUUUUGGAAGCAUGAUGAAGUGAGUCCCAUUUCACUAUUUUAUAUAGAAGAUCACUUGUGGUGUACUUUGUAAUUUAUUUUCUAAAGAAGCUUCUGAAAGUUGGUCUUAAAUGAACCUGAAGAAAUUCAAUAGUCAAUUUAAUCCUACCUGCCAUUUUAGUCUUACAGAAGCUAAUUACUUCCAUUGAGUCAAAAUUAAGGCCUCCACAAAACAGUUUAGCUAUGUUUUAACUUAACCAAAACUUAUUUAAGAGUACUGAGUCUAACUUCAUUGUAAGAUUGAAAGUAGAGAUGAACUUCAUAUGCAUUUUUAAAAAAACAAACUAAAUAGAUCUAAACCAGCCAGUCAUGAGAUGUGUUAACUGUAAAUGAACUCCAGAGGCUUAAAUGCAUCAAAUGUGACAUCUGGUUUUGUGCAAUUGACAAAAGAAGUAGGGUUCCACAUCAAAAUACUGAGGAACAGUAAUGUAUUAUCAAGAAAGCUGGGUUGAUUAACUCUGGAGUUCAAAAGCUGCUUCUACAGAAGCAAUCACUUCAAUGGGAUGGUACUGUUUACAAACCUAAGCAGUAGUUUACUACCACUUAAAACUUUUUAUUGUAGCUUACUCCUUCACAGUUAGUGUUUUGCUUGUGUUUUGAAUGUGCCUUGCAGGAUUGGGGAGGCAGAGGGAGAUUAAACUAUUUACCAAGCAAUUUAAGCUUUAAAACUCAGCAAAUAUCUAUGUUAUAAUCAAUAUAACUUAUUAAGAGAAGCACUUUAUUGUAAACAUACUCUGAAAAAGUCUUACUGUGCAACAGAUUUGUUGAACGCUUCCCUUGACUAUCUGUCCACUGUUAGAUUAAGGUCAAUGUACUGUAUUUAAAUUUGCACAAAUAGUGGUUUGCCUGACAGAAGAAAGAUGAAGGAUCUCUUAAAACUUUCAUUAAGAAUUACAAGAAAAUCAAUUUUUAAAGGGAUGUGUUAGGUGACACUUCUAGUUCAGGCUUGGCUCUGCUCUAAUUGCAAACUGCAAAUGCCCUUAAUUUUGUUAUGAUUAGUUGUAUUGUUUAUUAGUAAGGCUUGUAUUAAAAAAGAAUACAAAUAGCAUGGCCAUUUCUGAAAGCUCUGAGUGCUUCAAAUUCUGCUCAGAGUUAUGUUUGACACCCUUUUACUGAAGGCCAUAUUUAAUUACGAAAAGCAGGCCUUCUUAUCCAUAAAUCCACAGUAGAAUUAAACUAUUUAUUUGGUUUUUUAGGAAAGUUGAGAUUUUAAAGCUUGAGUACAGUUAUUGAAUAUGAUGAACAAGAGCUGUUUCUCAGUUAUGGUACUUAAAUAUUUUUAUUUCCUACUGUUAAUCUCUUUAAAGUGUUUUAAUGGGUAAUAGAAUUAACACAAAUGUAUUUUAGCUGCUGUUAAUAGAAGUGUGGUAUUACCCAUUUCUGUCCUCCACAGGAAUCUUAAACAGAAACCACAUAACUAGUUGUAUACAACUAUCUCUCGGAACAUGACAGUUUCCUUGCCUGUUAUACAACUAAUUUAAACCAGAAAAAUCCUCCUACAAGUCAAAAGAUGCAUGAAAUUUGAAUCAAUUAGUUGCUUUCAGUACUCCUUACUGCUACACUUGACGAAGCUAUUAAAACUAGUAGUAGAUGGUAGCUUAAGUUUACUAGGAAAAAUAGGCAUAGUUUGAAGAAAACAAGACUUUUAAAAAACAUUGUACAGCUACUUACAUAAUUCUUAAGGGAAUUUCCGUAGCCCAGAUUUGUAUUGUGUUAAAAAAGACAGCUAACUGCCAUAGAUUAGACACUGUUGACUAGAAACCAUUUUCUUGCCUGAGCAGAUCUUUUAAAUAGGAGGCAAGUUUACAUAGAAAUCAAGCUUUUAAUAAAACUGUAUCCUAGUAAUUUAUUGUUAUGACUUAGAGUUGUAACUCUUUAAAGUGAUUCUCUAAUUGUGCACAAUAAGUGGAAUGUAACCUUCCUAUUUCGAUGUAGUGGUAUGGGUUUUUUUUUUUGUAAACUGUUACAAGAAUACUGGAGAAUCUCACAGUAAACCAUUUGGGAUGUAUUGGUGGUUUGUUGCUUUGGGUUUUUUUUUACUGUAUUUAAAUACAAAUCUAUUAGACAUUCAAUAAACUCAUGUCUUCAGCUUG